AUGGUGUCGGUUAAGAGGCUGCUGCUUCUCGUGCUUUGCGGCUACCAUUCUCUCCCUGCUCGUGCAGGGGAUUAUAAGGUUCUCGCCACCGGCUCACAGAAGGCUGAGGCCAUCUGCGGCGAGCCACUCGUGACUCCAUCGUCGUCCAGUGGAGCCACGGUGCAGCUAAGCCACCGGUAUGGCCCGUGCUCACCGGUGGCAUCCACCGACGGGCCAAGCAUCGGGGAGCUGCUCCGGCGAGACCAGCUCCGAGCUGAAUACAUCGAACGGAAGUUCAGCAGGGGCAACGAUGAGCUGGAGCAAUCGGCGGCGGUUACCGUGCCGAUCAACCUUGGGGAAGCACUGGACACGCUGGAGUACGUGAUCACCGUCGGCAUCGGCUCCCCGGCCGUGAAGCAGACCAUGAUCAUCGACACCGGCAGCGACGUGUCAUGGGUGCAGUGCAAACCUUGCCCGGUCCCGCCGUGCCACGCCCCGAACGGCUCGCUGUUCGACCCCGCCAAGUCCACCACCUACGUGCCGUUCUCCUGCAGCUCCGCGCCGUGCGCGCAGCUUGGCGGGGAUGGCAACGGCUGCUCGAGAUCGCAGUGCCAGUACAUCGUCAGGUACGGCGACGGCUCCAACACCACGGGGACGUACGGCUCCGACACGCUGGCGCUGGCCGCCACCAGCACGGUCAGCAAGUUCCAGUUCGGGUGCAGCCACAAUGAGGACGGGUUCGAUGACCAGACCGACGGGCUCAUGGGGCUGGGCGGUGACGUGGAGUCUCUGGUGUCGCAGACGGCGGCGACCUACGGCAAGGCCUUCUCGUACUGCCUCCCGGCGACCACGAGCACGCCGGGGUUCCUCACACUGGGCGCGCCCAACAGCACGUCGGGCUUCGUGACGACGCCGAUGCUCCGGAGCAAGACGGCGCCGACGUUCUACCGCUUUCUCCUCGAAGACAUCCGCGUGGACGGGAGCCCGCUCGGGAUCUCGCCCACCGUCUUCGCCGCCGGGUCGGUGAUGGACUCGGGCACGGUCAUCACGCGGCUGCCGACGAGGGCGUACUCGGCGCUCAGGUCGGCGUUCAGGGCGCGCAUGACCAAGUACCCGAAGGCGCCGCCGCUCAGCCCCUUCGACACGUGCUACGACUUCACGGGGCUGGACAACGUCACCAUACCCACCGUCGCUCUGGUGCUCGGAGGCGGCGCCGUCGUGGACCUCGACGCCAGCGGGAUCAUCCUCGAGGACUGCCUUGCCUUCGCUGGCACCAGCGGCCUCAGCCUCAUCGGCAACGUGCAACAGCGGACGUUGGAGGUGCUGCACAACGUCGGCCAGAGCGUCUUCGGGUUCCGUUCGGCCGGGUGCUAA